AUGAUUUCAUCACUUGAAUCUUUUUCAACUGAACUUUUAUUUGAUAUAUUUGAAUAUCUGUCACCAUAUGAUUUAUUUCGAUCAUUCAUUAAUCUCAAUGAUCGUUUUAAUACUAUU